AUGUCUUCCAAGCUCAGUGCAUUUGUCUUCGGACUGCUAUCCCUCACAACAUCUGUCGCGGCGCUUCCUUUCGGCCUUGAUCUCUCACGUCGCGCUGUCAUCGCCCACGAUGCCGUCGUUGGAUUCCCGCAGACAGUUCCGUCUGGCAUCGUAGGGACGCUCAUGCUGAAGUACAAACCGUGGCUCGAUGUUUACAACGGCUGCGUACCGUUUCCGGCUGUCGACUCUGCCGGUAACACUGGCGGCGGUCUCGCACCCUCAGGUGGCUCCAGCUCCGGCUGCUCCAGCUCAACCGGUCAAGUCUACGCCCGCGCCGCAACUUACAAUGGGGCAUACGCCAUCAUGUACUCCUGGUAUAUGCCGAAAGACUCUCCAUCAGACGGCCUCGGUCACCGCCACGACUGGGAGAACAUUGUUGUCUGGCUCUCCUCGCAGUCAGAAACUGCGACGGUCCGCGGCGUCGCCAUCUCGGCCCACGGAGAGUAUCAAAAGGAGAGUUCCCCGCCAUUCGAUGGGACUCGUCCCAAGAUCGGUUACAUUAGCUACUGGCCGGUGAACCAUCAGCUUAUUGCGACGGAUGACAAGGGCGGGGAGCAGCCGCUUAUUGCGUGGGAGAGCAUGACGCAAGCUGCGAGGACUGCGAUUGAGAAUACAGACUUCGGGGAUGCGACGCCGAGCUUCCGGGAUAGCAACUUCCAGACCUAUCUGGCGGACGCUUAUUUCUAG